AUGGGCUGCGCCCAAUCCCGCCCCUCCGCAAACUACUACGACGAAUACUUCCGACCCGCCCAACCCCCUCACCGCCGUUACCGCAGCCACCGCAUCGCCAACGUAGACGGAUACAAACCUGGACCCGACUACCGAGAGCAUCGGCAGCAAUACGAGCAGGAUGUCGCGGCGGACAGGUAUGAGGAUGCGUACGACCGGCUGACGGCGAGGAGCAAGCUUUCUACGGCGCAUGGAUUGCAGGAGUAUUAUGAGGAUAGAGGGUGUCAUGUCAAGUGGUGGGCACAGCAGAAAUCCGCGUGCGGCUACCAAGCAGGCCUCGCGGCACCUGGGCGGAUAAAAGCAAUACUCCCUUUCAAACGCCAUACUCUUCAACUCAUCACCACAAACCAUCCACCAAUCCACCACGCCCACAACCCAAUCCAGCAACCGCACAACCCUCCACCAAAAAUGGGCGCCACACUCUCCUGCCUCGCCAACGACGUCUCCAUCGCCGACCACCCGCACGAAGCUCCCCUGCCAGCACGUCCCGUAUCACAACAACAGCUCUCCCGGCGCCAAAUCCAAGUCCCGCGACGUCAGCCCCUGCAGCUGGAGUACUCGAGCGAGCACGGUGACGAAGUUCCCAGCUACAGACGCCAGGUCGCUCAGCGUCCACGACGCGAGUCUCUGCCCGUGGACUACGUGGACGGACACGAAGAAGACGUAGCGCGGUUCCCCGGCGUACGAUCUCAGCGGCAGCGGCAGCGGCCACAACGUCUGCGGCUGGACUAUCAGUACGGCCACGAUGAAGAGAUUCCCAGAUUGCCGUAUCGAUCAUCCCCGCAACGUGGCGCUUUGCAACGGGAGGCGUCGUACGAUGAAGAUGGCGACGACGAGGGCGAGGCUUCCGUCUCCCCACCGCAGUUCCCCCCGCACCAGCUCCCACGGCGCUCCUCCCUACCCCCACCGCACUCGUAUUCGUACGAAUAUGAUAGCGAUAUCCUUCGCCACGAACGUCGUCCUCGACGUCAGUCCACGCGACCACGGUACGAGAUCGAGGCGCUGCCUGCGCCUGUGUACGGAGAUGGGUUGCCAGAGCGGCGGAUGAGGCGGGAUCAGGGUUUGCGAGGGAGGGAGAGUGGGUCCGGAGACGCUCCUCCGAGUUAUGAGGAUCAUGUUUUUGAUCGGGAGGUUGGAGAGGGGUAG